UCAGUGCUCACUCGCCUAUGAUUCUCCCGUCCCCUUCUCCUCCUCCCAUCCCCCUCGAAUCAACCAGCAGCGCGAUUCGGACCGAAACGAAACGAACCAACUAACUCGCCACCCUCCAAAGCCGCAGCCCCAAUCCCACCGCCGGCCAGGCAAGCUGAGCGCGCCCCGCGCCAUGUCAGCCAUGUCGUCGUCGUUCAUAGCGCGGGAGUCGUCUCGAGCGGGCGAGCAACCGCAGCGCGACGAGGUGGUCGUGUUCCAUCCCCGCCCGUGGGUGGCACUCUCCUUCAUCCCCGUCGUCCUCGGCGCCAACGACAAGCGGGCAUGGAUGCUCGCGCCCGGUGCCUGCGACAUCCUUCUCGACCUCCAGCCCCCGCAGGUCGGCGCCUCCUACCUGGUCCUGCCCGAGCGCCCCUUCAUGGUCAUGUCCGCUUGCUCCGACCGCCUCCUCUUCAUGGGGGUUACAGGAGCCGAGGGCGUCUCGAACCCCGUCUUCUUCCUCGGAGACGCCCGCGCCCGCACCGUCGUCCGCCUCCCCGCCGUCCCCGCCCACCUCGGCGUCCGCGUCAUCAGGAGACACAGCAUUGGCCUCAUCGCCGACCCGCGACACGGUGGCCAUUACAUGGUGGCCCAGCUCCAGCCCCCCACCUUGACGACCCUCCACAAGACCCUGCUAUGCUACUCCACCGUCACCGACCAGUGGACCACCAGGCCGCUGGCCUCCGCCGAGGAGCACUAUCGCUGGGGCGCCCACGGCGGCCUCCUCUGGUGGAUCGACGUCUCCUGUGGCAUGCUCAUCUGCGACCCUUUCGCCGCAGACGACAACCUGCACCUGCGCUUCAUUCCGCUCCCGGUCGGCUGCAUGGUCAUCCGCGGGCCCGUGCGCCGCCCAGAGCUCAUGGCCAAGCAACGCUUCAUCAGGCCCAGCCAGGGCAAGCUGCGCUACGUCGAGAUCCGGACGGGAGUCCCCAUCGGUCCCAAUCGCUUGAAGCAGCCCCCCGAGGUCCGCAUGUUCACGCUCGUCAGCCAGGAGGGCCAGCAUUACUGGGUACACGAGUACACGGCGACCUUCGCCGACAUUUGGAGCCACCACAGCUACGCCGACGCCGGUCUGCCCUGGGGCGUGGUGCCUUCGCUCGCCCUCAUCGACCCCAACAACCCCAACACCCUCUACUUCUUCCAGGGCACGACGCUCUUCGCAGUGGACGGAAAAGCCAGGAAGGUCUUAUUCCACCUGCAAUACUUGGUAGACUCCGCAAACGCGGACCUCAACUUCCAGAACUCUGGCUUCGUUAGUGCCUGGGAGCUGCCACAAGCGCUUUUCGUCAACCGUCAUGCACGCGCUGGCCUUCCCUAACUAAUUGAUGAGUUGCCAAUUCAUCGAUCAAAUGGGGUUAUAGUGUCUAUUCGAUUCGAUGGCGUGUACCUGCUAUGCUAGCUGCUUCGGUUAUACUCUUGUAGAUGUCAUGUUCAGAUUGUACAUGCAAACUCCAAUCGAAAUGCACAGCGUAACCCUCGUGUUCUUAUGUUGCAUUGCUGCAAGUUGGGACUAACAUUAAUUAUUAGAAACA